AUGAGUGUUGUUCCAUAUGCAUAUGAAUGUUAUAAGUCUAGCGUACUUCAAUAUAAAGAAUAUACUCUCAGAAUUACUGAUAAUGCUUUAGUCAUACAUAAAGAAGGUGCUGAUGAAGACAUUACCAUCGGUCCUGGUAUAUUACCUAUCGAGCAACCAGAUGGUACAAUUGUUGAAACAGACUUAAAUCAAUACCUUCAAGCGUUACAGAAUCGUGUGACAAAAGUAGAGAAUAAUUACUUAGAUGCUCCAUUCUUCACAACUGAUAGAGAUUAUAUGUUUUCAUGUAUGGCGAGUAAUGGUUUGCAAGAAACUCGUGAGGUAAAUAUUAAUGAAGCAUUAGAGACUAUAAUAUAUCAUGUUAAACGGUUAUUAUCGAUUGACCAUGGAGUUCAUUUUGACCCAAGGUCUACACUGUUCAAUAUACCAAUGAUUGAAAACAGUCAAUUAACAUUUAAAGAAGAUACAUUGUAUAAUGCUUUAAACGCAGCAUUUGCUUAUAUAUUAGGUCAUGAACAAGUACAAAAUAGUGGUAUUGCAAUAUACUUAGAUAAAGUUAUGUUAAAGAAACCAUUGACAUUCACAGAAGAUGGUCCAAAAGCAACUGGUAUUGUUGGUGAUGGAACAUUAUUGACGAAAGAAUACUUAGCAAGUCAUGUCGGAGAAUUUUUCUCCACUAAUGAUAGCAUCAGUACAACACCAGAAGUUAUUUUAUUGAAGAAACCAAUCACAUUUGAUGUUAAAGGAAAGACAAAAGCAACUGGUAUAGCUGGCGAUGGAGUUCUUCUGACUAAGGAAUACUUGAAGAAAAAUAUCAAUGACUUCGUUGAAAUUGUCAAAGAUAA